AUGAGAGGUUUAUAUUCAUUAACAGCUCUUGUGGUUUCUUGUGUGACACUUUUGUCCUCUGUCGUCGAGGGAAAAUCUUCAACUGGUAACCGUGUCUUGGUUUUAUUAGACUCUUUAACCGAAAAAGAUUCUUAUACACAAUUUUGGCAUCAGUUGGAAGAACGUGAGUUUCAACUCGUAUUCAAGAAAGCAGAUGACCCAUCCACUGCCCUACUUUACUUUGGUGAAUCACUUUUUAACCAUAUUAUUCAUUUUGCACCUAAAACAACCAAACUUGCACAACAUCAAGCAUUGAACAAUGUUCAACUUGUCAAUUUUGUUAAAAACGGUGGCAAUAUUCUCGCUGCUACAGGCGUCGAUCCCAGUGAUAAUGUUCGUGCACUCGCAGCCGAAUUUGAUAUCGAGUUAGAUUCAGAAACUGUUUACGAUCACACUCAUUUUGACAACGAUGACCACAGUCUUAUCACUACUAGCGAAUUCGUGGCACCUGCUGCUAUUAUCGAUUCCAAAGCAAUCGAAGCACCUGUACUUUAUACCGGCACUGGAUUAAGUGUCGGUCAACUUCCUCUCUCUACUGCUAUUUUAGCUGCCGAAUCUGAUGCUUUCAUUUCUGACUCGUACAACAAGCGUACCACUGCUACUGGAACUAUCACCUUAGCUGGUGCUAUGCAAUCUCGCAACAAUGCUCGUGUUACAUUUGUUGGUUCUCUUGAUGUCUUCUCUGACAAACUCAUUAGUGCUUCUAUCAAUGGAGACUCCGAGCAAACUUACGGUAAAUCUGGUAACGAGGAAUUUAUCGCUCAAUUGUCUCAGUGGACUUUCCAGGAGAAGGCUGUUUUAAAAGUUGUUGGACAUUCUCAUCACAAGCAAAACGAUACUGAACAACUUGACUGGUACCGUGUUAAAGAUGAUAUCGUAUAUGACGUCGAUAUUUCAGAGUAUAAGGAUGAUGAAUGGGUCCCUUUCAAGGCAAACGAUGUUCAACUCGAAGUGAUUAUGUUAGAUCCUUAUAUUCGUACCACAUUGAAGCAAGUUACCGUUCCCGGAGAAUCCUUUGGAAGAUUUGAAGCCAACUUACGUCUACCUGAUCAUUACGGUGUUUUCACUUUUAAGGUUAACUACAAACGUUCGGGUCUCACCUAUAUCUUGGCUGAAGACCAAGUCUCUAUUAGACCUCUCAGACACAAUGAAUACCCUCGUUUCUUAACUGCCGCUUAUCCUUAUUAUGCAUCCACUGGUUCUAUGAUUGCUGGUUUCCUUUUAUUCAGCGCUGUUUGGUUAUCCACCUGGGGAAAGAGUUCUAUCAAGGCCACUAAAGCCAAGGCUAAUUAA